CCGAGGCGUGAGGCAGACACGGAUGGAUCCUGCGGCCAGCAGCUGCAUUCGGAGCCCCCGGCCCCCAGCCCCCAGCUGGGGCUGCCUUCGAAACCCCCACUCCGAAGGCAGCGGGGCCUCGGGGCCACCCCACUACCCGCCAACCCCGUUCUCCUUUCACCAGAAGCCGGACUUCCCGGUGACCGCGGCUGCAGUGUACCCCGACUUCUCGGCCUCCUGCCUGGCGGCCACCCCGCACACCCUGCCCCAGGAGGAGCGCAUCUUCACCGAGCAGCACCCCGCCUUCCCGCAGCCCCCCGACUGGCACUUCCCGGUCUCGGAGGCCCGGUGCAGGCCCAGCUCAGGCCCGCCCGGGGGCUCCGGGGAGAUGGGGACCAGCAGCCCAGGCCUGGUGGAUGCCACGGGGGGCCCAGGUGAGGACUUCGGGGUGCUUGGGAGCACUGCCAGUGAGACAGAGAAGAAAUCAUCCAGACGGAGGAAGGAGGGUUCAGACCACCAGGAGAGCCAGGGGAAGCCAGAAGCUGGCAGCAAGGCCCGCAAGGAGCGCACGGCCUUCACCAAGGAGCAGCUGCGAGAGCUGGAGGCUGAGUUCGCUCACCAUAACUACCUGACCCGGCUCCGCAGAUACGAGAUCGCCGUCAACCUCGACCUCUCCGAGCGCCAGGUCAAGGUGUGGUUCCAGAACCGAAGGAUGAAGUGGAAGCGCGUGAAGGGGGGUCAGCCCAUCUCCCCCCACGGGCAGGACCCCGAGGACGGGGACUCUGCCGCCUCUCCGAGUUCAGAGUGAGCUUCUCUGCGACCGAGGACUGAGCCCUCCACCCAAC